AUGUGGCCGCUGGUCAAACAAACACGUUCGGUCAAUGCCACCAACGAUUAUCUGAGGGAGUGUCAGAGCCUCUGGAUCGUGUCCCCGAUCAGUCGUAUCGCCAGUGACACCACUGUUGAUCGUUUGGUCGCGAGAUAUGGCGAGCGAUUUGAAGGCAGAUUGGCGAUCAUCGCGACCAACUCAGACCACAACGUUGCCCCAGCACUUGCCAAAGACUACAAGGACAAAGAGCGGCCGAUCAAGACAUACGAACGACUGACCCCACGGUCGGUCCAGCUCCAGAAUCAGAUUUCCUUGCUGAAGACAAAGAUUACUUCUCGCAAGCAGGCACAGGAUACGCCCAAGCGUGCUGCAAAGCUCAGCAAGCUGAACAGUGACCUGCAGGAAGCCAUAGAUGAGAAGAGCGACAUCGACAACGCACGCUGGUACGCCGUGGUCAAGACUCGCAACGACGAUGUCACCGUCAAGCUACAGGAUGCCCUGAAAGGACACCUUCCCGAAGGCCAACAGCUACCCAUGUUCUUUGUUUCUAACCAGCACUACUCGACUCUGAAAGGCGUGGAAGAGGCUGGCAAAUUCCAACUUGACGCCGAAGCUACUGGCAUCCCAAGUCUUCGACGCUACGCUUUGGGUCUUGCCGCUCCGGGGCUCCUACGAUCCCUUGAGGACUAUACCCACCACCAAUUCACCGUCUUCUUCGAGGGAGUCUACCUUUGGGUCAUCCGUGAGUAUGUUCAAGGCGCCAAGGCUCUCAAGGCAAUCGUCGGACAGCCGAAGCACGGCCUCGACAGUAAGUUGGCUCUCUACCUUGACGAGCUCAGCCAGGCCGUUCAUGAGCACCUCACCGAACCUCUUCAGCAACGUUCUCCGAAGUUCUCCAAGGCCGCUAUCGCCCUGUUCGAGCAGAAGCAACAGCAGAAGCACUGGGCCACCAUAAGGGCUUUCCUACGCAAGGAUGGCAAGCAUGAGUCCAAGCUUUGCUCGAAGGAGGUAUGGACAGAGCAAUUUUACGAGCCAGCUAUCAAGCAGAUUGGUAUGCACUGGCCAAAAGUCAAAAAGGCUCAGGAUGCCCUUCUGGAGUACCAGUCUCUCCGUAUCUGCCGCGACGUCGACGUGAUCAAGGAGACGCUCGAUCAAGAACCAGCCUGCACUGCACUCGAGAUGAGCGGGUUUCACGCCGUGUUCAGGGGCGCGACCGUCGGUGUCAAGGCGGCGGUCGCCAAACAUCAGGAAGUCUUCCAACAAGAGCUCCAGAAUCUCAAGCUUGACGCUACCCAGGCACGCCAGGAUCGCCACACUGGCUUCUUUUCCAUGGCUUUACAGUCAACGUACGAUCGCUGCAAGGAUGAAGAAGGCGAGGGAUGCGUCAAGCGCUCCGUCGGAUAUAUGACUGGCCGUCUCACUGGCGAAGACGAGGACUCCCCCUUCGACGAGGCCGCCAAGACUCUAGCCAUGACCCUGAACCACACCGCCGAGAAGAAGGCAGGAUCGCUGCUCCAGCAGUUCAUGGAGAUUCACGAGGACGUCUACAACUACUUCGAUGGCAUGAUCACCGAAGGAGCUCUCAACCCAGACGAGAGAAUGGCUCGUGACCAGCUCCGUCCUUUCCUGGACAAGGCCAACACCGAGUUCGAGCAGCUGAAGAAGGAUCUCAACAAGAUCAAGGCAAAGUAUGUCGCAAUGGAGCAGGCCAAGGAAUUCGACAAGUUGGAGGCGGCACGAAAGAAAGCGGAGGAGGAAGAGGAGAAAAAGAAUGCUGGUAAGAAGGGUAAGAAGAAGAUCAAGGUCGAGGAUGAGCAGCCGAAGGCGAAGAAGGUCAAGACCGAGGCCUCCAAGCCGAAGAAGUCCAGUGGUAGCCUUGCCAAGGGCAAGAAGUAG